CCCGUCAGGACAGAUAUACUUUUUAUAAAGUCGCUUGUUUCGGAAAAGAUUAUAGAAGAUAGAGGAGAUAGAGAAGGAAUUAUUUGGCUAUUUGCCACCCUUGUGAGGCCAAAUUGGCAGCACUGUGGCAACGUUGUUGUUUAUCUGUGACAGGGAUUCUAGUCAUGUCCAUCAUCGAUGUUGUUUUCGUCACGAAAUAACAGUCGUUGAAAGCAGAAGUCGUUGCUAACCGAUUGACACAGCUAAUGUUGCCAACUGUUACAUAUCUAUUUGUGAUGCUAACAGAGCAAAGAAAACAAGAAGUUGGUCGUUUGUUUUGAAACACGAUGUUGAGUGCUGUCUCUUGCGGCAUUGCCGAAUGCAAUCAAGGCCUAAGCAUCGCUCGUUGGGCGGUCGUAUUGAGAUCAUAGAAUUAACAAGCAACCACUCUGUCUAAUUUGUAACUCGUGAUUAAAAUUUAACGGGCCAAGGCAUAUGUUAUGAUAAUCAUGCCGCUAGAAGAGGUGAAGAAAAAAACCAAGCUUUUCCCAUUUCAUUUAUACCGCAAACGUAGUGGCAGCAAGAGCAAGGGUAAAUCGAAGUCUUUGCUUGACUUAUAUGGCGGGGAAGGAGAAACUGAAGACAAGAAAAACGGCGAAAUCUUAAGAAGAAAAAGGCUUUCACAUCAUGAGAAUGCUGUUUUGAAUUCCAGCUUGGAAUCUAAUGGCGAAGAGGCGAUUGAAGCUGUUAAAAGUUUAGAAGGCCCUCCUUUUUUAGCUGAGCAGAGAGUUCUCAACCGAGAAGACCAAGAAGAGUCCAGGGAGAUGAAUGUCGGGGAUGGUUACGAAUCUGAAGAAAGGGAUAUUGAUUGGGAAAAAGCCAAUAUGAAAGCGGAUGAGGCUGGUGAAGCCGAUGCUUCGUUGUCGGAGUCGGAAACAAUUGCCAAAGCCCCUGAAUUCCCACCAGGAACCACUGCUGCGCUCGCUUGGAAGAGUAACACGUGUUCGUUGUUCCAAAUUGAAGUAGAAAUACGCGAGGGUUUAAAUUUGAUUGCAAGAGAUCGAUCUGGUACAAGUGACCCAUAUGUUAAAGCGAAGUUCAGAGGAAAGUGUGUGUACAAAAGCAAGAUCGUGUACAAGAAUCUAAAUCCUGUUUGGAAUGAAAAGUUCAGUCUAUUCUUUGACGAUGUUAAUACCAAUCUGGUUUUCAAAGUUUAUGAUUUCGAUCGAUUGAGUUCUGAUGAUCAAAUGGGUGUCGCAUCUCUCAAUGUUGGUGAGCUUGAAAUAAACAGGUCUCACACUUUGAACCUGGACUUGAUCAAUCGAACAGGCCUGCAAGAAGAUCUAGGCCAAAUUGUCGUUAGCGUGCUUAUAACAGCAAAAGGAAGCAGCGAUGAACCAGAGUUGACAAGAAGUGUGUCGACCAGGAAUCAAGCGAAACGUGGAAGUAGAGUACCGUCGUGGGAUGGUGUCGUUGCUAUAACGUUGGUUGAAGGUAGCAAGCUCAACUCUUUUGAUGAUAAUGGAUUCAGUGAUCCAUACUGCAAAUUUAAACUUGGGAAUGAGAAGCACAAAACAAAGUUUUGUAAGGCAACGCUGAACCCACAAUGGAAGGAAAAGUUUGAGCUGAGAAUGUAUCAUGAUGUGAGCGAAAUGUUGGAAAUUCAAGUAUGGGAUAAAGAUCCAGGUCGCGAUGAAUUCAUGGGCAGGUGUGCUGUAGAUUUAUCGACUUAUGAGCGAGAACGGACUCAUUUUGUUCAAGUUGACCUAGAAGACAACGCAGGCAUGGUUUCGUUUUAUAUGACAAUCACUGCUCUAUCUGUGCCUGGUAGCGUGUCGGAUUUAUCGUUGUACAUGGAUCAGGCAAGAAACAUGCGAGAAGAACACGAACAAGAUUUUACUUUGAAAAAUACGUGGAGGAGGAUAGACGAAAUCGGCUGGCUACAGAUUCGCUUGCAUAGAGCCGUAGGUUUGGCAUCAGCUGACAUUGGUGGUGCAAGUGAUCCGUUUGCUGUUAUUGAAGUAAACAAUCAAAGGGUUCUUACUCCAACAGUUUACAAAACACUGAAUCCUCAUUGGGAAAAAGUCUAUGAAAUGCCCAUUUACGACAUACACGAAACAAUCAGCCUCACAAUUUAUGACGAAGAUCGACGCGGCGCACCAGAAUUUCUUGGACGUGUUGGAAUACCCUUGCUAACGAUUGUUCCGCAAGAAAAGCGAAUUUAUCAGUUGAAAGACAAGAACUUAGAACGACAGGCGAAAGGGCAUGUGAUAAUAACCUUUGACCUUGUUUAUAACCCGAUUCGAGCGAGCAUUCGAACGUUCAAUCCAAGAGAGAUCAAUGCCCUUCACGAAAGGCCAAGGUUCAGAAGACAGCUUCUACAGCAAAAUGUCGACAGGCUGAGUAACAUUAUCAAGAGUAUAAUUGCAACGGGACAGUUCAUCCAGUCUUUAUUUACUUGGAAAUACAGACUGAGAAGUGCAUUUGCAUUUAUUUUAUAUGUGUUAUUGGUAUUGAACUUCGAAUUAUUUUUCUUGCCGCUGAUAUUGCUACUAAUUUUGCUGAAAAACUACAUCGUUUUUAUGUUAUCACCUGACAAGGAACAGAAUCUUGAACUGGACAAGGAUUCCUCGGCGUCAUUUGAUGAUGAUGACGAUGAAGAUGAUUUGGAUGAAAAGAAUAAAAAGACUAAAGGAAAGAGUCUGCGAGAGCGGCUUGAAGCUGUCACUAAUAUUUGCACAACAGUUCAGAAUCAGUUGGAUUUUAUAGCUUCUUUUGCUGAAAGAAUAAAAAACACAUUUAACUGGAGUGUCCCAUUCUGUUCCUAUCUGCUCAUGGUCAUACUCUCAGUUGGCACCAUACUGCUCUACUUUCUACCUUUGCGGUAUAUACUACUUGCCUGGGGUGUCAAUAAAUUCACAAAGAAAAUACGAAAGCCAAAUGCUGUUGGCAACAACGAAUUACUAGAUUUCCUUUCCCGUAUUCCAUCCGAUCCUGAAUUGAAGCAGAGAAGACGUUUAAAAACAGAUAUGGCGUUGCGCUGAUGGCUACCAGAGGGAAUAUAAACUAAAAGCACGAGAGAUGUUAUGCAUAACAAGCUGAAACAGUUCUCGCUCCAUCGAAUUUUUCUAGUAGAUACUUGUCGAGUGAAUGGUAUGUAUACGUUUAUGAAUAAGAUUUGAACCUGGUUUGCUCAUCCAUCAAAGCAUAUAGAGAACCCUCUCGCAAUCCUUGGAUUUGAUAUUCAUGUGCAUGAGCUUACAGCAAAUGCCUCAGAACGAUGACAAAAGCUAUUGCAACCAAUACGCCGCAGUCUAUUGCAAAUCAAAUCGUAAAAGGGGUAUAGAUUUUCAAGCUUGUCAUCUGGAUGAAAGACGUAUGUCAUUUAAGGUUUUUGUCUCAAGCUCGAAUCUGUUGGCCGCCGGCACACUAUUCGUAUUGCUUUAGUAGCAUCACAUUGGGGUAGUUAUAACAUGUGUUUAAAUGUCCGAAAAGACGUCGUUUAUUCUGUUGCUGGUAAUGACUAGAUGUUGAAAUUUGUUAUCAUAAUUAAUUGAUAAAGAUCAUAAAUUAACUACCAAUCUAGUGUUAGAAUUGGAAUAAUAUACUGAUACCAGUGCUUUAGUGCGAAGGUUUUUAGAAGAUCGUGUUACUUUUAAGUUCAUUUCCAAUUCCUAAAUUUCAGUUGAACAAAUCUUGUAGCCUUGUAGCGCAAAGGUAGACGGCGUAGAGUCAAUUGUUUUUUUGUGGAAAGGGGUCACAGAAAAUUGUUUACAUGAAGUGAAAAGAGUCAACCGAUUUAAAUACAACACAUGAUUUCUAAGUGGGUCAUCUUGCAAGUAAAUAAAGUGGUUUAGCUAUAGGGGCCCUGUUGGGAACAUUAAAUCCCUAUAAAAAAACUUAAAAAAUUACGAUAGUUCCAAUCAAAUUUCCCACUAGCAUUAGGUAAAACAACGUUCUUUCAAAUUUUUAAAAAGAACCCUUGUGCGUACAAUUGCCGUUUGGUAUGUUGGCAAAUUCAAAAGCGCGAUAUGUUAGAUUUCCGAGUAUUUUGUUGAUUUUAAGAACUUUUUAAAUGAAUCAACUGCUUUGAUGGAUGGUGAGAGUUUUUUAUAUCUGUUUAUUUGGUACUUCCAUAAUCUAGUUGGCUUAGUUCUAAUAACAUAAAAAGCUGGCAGCUUAGCGAAAAGACAAGGAUUUCGUUAUAAUAGGAAUUUUUUUGAUUUUGUUAAGAUGACAAUUCAAGCAGAAACUAGGUACUAGUUAGGUUUUUGUGCUUCCACAUCAUAAAAUAGAUUCGGGUUCAAACUUACUACUUUUUAGGCUUUGUUUUCUGUUACCGCAUUCAUCAUUAGUAUUGGGGUAUAGAUCAAGCUGUGUGACAUGAUUGUCAAUUUUUCUCAUCAAUUGAUAAAUGAUAUUUUUAGAGUUGUAUUUGUUGCACAAAAUAACAUUUUCAAACUAACAAUCAAUAGCUUGCUUUGAAUGAACAAGUAAUUUAUUCAUGAUUAAUUUCAAUGUAAGUUUGAACAAUAAUUGUAUCUUGUUAAAAAGAAAUGUUAUUUUUAACUCUCAGUAGGCUCUAGAAGCUAAACAUGCAUAUUUUAAAGAACAAUUGUAGCUAGUAGCUUUGCUGGCAGUAUGCAUAGCGAAGACAACUUCAGUGGUCGACAAAUUUUUAUUCUGGUGCUUGUAACCAGGUUCUCAUAUAACGCAAACCGUCGGCGACCAUCGCCGAUGCAAGUGUUCUCAUAAACUGCUUGACUGCGAUGACUUGCGAUAUUCUGGCCCUGUUCUGUCAUAAGUGGACAUUGAAACAAAGUGCCUCAAUUUGAUAAUUUUGCGCCAAUUCUGGUAGCAGUGCCUCGACGUAAUAAAAACAUCAGCCGAUGCAUACGAUCAUAUUUUGAAACAAAAGUGAUUACUUCUCUGAUGUAAUCUUCUUCAUAUUUUCAAUAAAUAUCUGGAAACAUCCGUUCUUAUUGUCAUGAUUCUGCGUUUCUUUAAUAUACAGUGUCUUCUUUAGACAAAUCCUCCUGUUCAGUCAUUUUGCUCGGCGCAAGUGUGGCCAUAUAGGAAGACUGGAAGCUAGGCAUGAUCGCAGAUAUGUUCCCAUCGGCGAUUAUCGCCGUCGAUCGCAAGAAACAAACUUUUUUGGUUCAUCGGCGACGUACAAAAACUGAUAUUCUCGUAUAUUGCAAGCAUCGCAAGGCCCUCAUCGGCGACGAUCGCUGACAUAUGAGAACCAGGCUUAAGAGUCAUGCUGUCGUUCAUGUUCUUUUUAAUAAGUAAAUUAAAUAAGUAAAUAAUAUAAGUGUUUUCGUCUGGUUGACAAUGGCUGGACCAGUGUCAACGACCUGAAACAAUGAACUGAAAUAUAGCCACUGCUAGCAAAAAGCAAAAUAUACCUUUAUACCUUUUAUGAACAAAAUUGUUAAGGACCUCGACCUUGUAUCCAAGUUUGUUUUGCAAAGAAACUUAAAAAGAUUUUACCUUGAGAAGUGACAGGAUUCCAUACUUUUAGAUUCCCAAUAAACAUGCUAAGAUAAUUUAUUUAAUUCACGCAGUCUGAUUGUUAAUGCAUUGAUGUAUUUAUUUCUUUGCUAUUCGUUGUGAGAUUAUUAACUGCUUUGGUGUAUAAACUUUUUUAUUCAUAUAUUCAAAAAGCAAUAACUUUGUGCA